AUGUCUUCGAACCAAUCUUCAGACUCACAACCCUCCAUGAUUGGUGGUCACGCCAAGUACGUCCAAGGGGUCGUCUCCUCCACCCUCGGGUAUGAAUCCGGAGAACAAACCAAAGCCGAGGCCGUCCAGCAGAUGAAGGACGCCAAAGCACAUUCGGACGGACAACCGACGCAGUCAUCAAUAUUGGGUACCGUCGAGAAUACCGCAGGAAAGCUCACUGGGUGCGAAGGGAUGGCUCAAGAAGGACAGCAGAGAAUCCCGAAUAAGAAAGGCAUUGAAGAGCAGAGUGGCACUGGUUGA